AUCCAAUUGGUUUCGUUUAUAUCGAACAAAAGUCUCUCUGGAAGAGUCAUCGCCGCUAAUAAACAAAGUUAAUUUACUCUUUUUACAGAAGCGCACACUAUUCCAAGCAAUUCUAAUCCGACCCAAUUUUCUCAGGCACAUCUGGUCUGACUUUGCAAUUUCCGUUUGACUCAAAUCCGAUGAGCAGUCAAUAUAGUCGUUCAAUAUUGCCGAUCCAAAUGGCGGACCUAAAUGUAUUUGACGCAUCCUACGUGUGGCUUUCCCUUUAUUUUUUCCUCAAUCUUGCUCUGACAUUAUAUAAUAAAGCUGUUAUGCAGUUAUUUGAUUUCCCAUUUCCAUGGACAUUAACGGGAGUGCACGCUUUGUGUGGUGCGAUUGGGUCCUAUUCGUUCUAUUGGCUGGGAAUAUUCACACCAUCACGUUUGAAUGAACGUGAAAGUAUGGUGAUGCUUCUGUUUUCAGUUUUAUAUACUAUCAACAUUGCUAUUAGUAAUGUAUCACUACAUUUGGUUACUGUACCAUUUCAUCAAGUGGUACGUGCGAUGACACCAAUUUUUACCAUCAUUCUCUCUAUUCUCUUCUUAAAAAAGAACUUUUCAACUAUGACAUAUAUCUCUUUGCUUCCGGUUGUUUUGGGGGUUGUAUUUGCAACAGUAGGCGAUUAUUAUUUUACAAAAAUGGGUUUCUUUUUAACAGUCCUUGGCACGAUAUUAGCCGCUUUGAAAACCGUCGUUACAAAUCGAGUUCAAGUUGGUCGUCUUAAGCUUCAUCCCCUAGAUUUAUUAUUGCGUAUGUCGCCUUUAGCUUUUGUUCAGACUGUAAUCUAUGCUUAUGUAACCGGUGAAUUGCACAGGGUACGUGCAUUUAGUCGGACUGAAAUGACAACUUCUUUAGUUAUCGCCCUUGUUACAAAUGGAGUCAUUGCAUUUUUUCUAAAUGUUGUGAGUUUCACAGCUAAUAAAAAGACAUCAGCUUUGACAAUGACCGUGGCUGGUAACGUUAAACAAGUUUUAUCUAUUAUUUUGGCGGUUGUGAUAUUUAAUUUAACUAUAACGCCAACUAACGGUCUCGGAAUCUUUUUGACAUUGCUUGGAGGCGCGUGGUAUGCAAGGAUUGAGUUUGUUGAACGUAACCGCACCAUACCACCUCUAGGUCGAUAAUAUAAAAUUUUAUAGUAUUCUAUUUUUUUUUUUUAUUAACUGGAAAUUUUUUUCCACUAAUACAUCAUUUAAUUUCGACACAUACCUUCACAAUGCACAUUCACAAUUAAACAUUACAUUAAUAUCGUUUCUAUUUUUAUUAUUGUGUGUUUUUUGUGAGGGACAAGUCAAAGGUUAGAAGUGAUUUUUCUAUUAUCAAAUGAGUAAAUUUGGGUUAGAUAUUUUCAAAUUUGGUUUUGUUUUAAUUAUUUACGAUUUACUUGAUAAAACUGGUGUGUACUUUACUAAUUGUACUAAAAUGUACUAAAUGUACAAUAAUGAAAAAAAUACAGGUUACAUCAUAUUAUGAUUUAUUACUUAUAUUGU